AUGAGUUCACCGUUGCGCCCCAGCAACUCUGCUGCAAAUCGCGGCUUGGGUAGUUUGGGUCGUCGCAAGAGAGACCGAGAGCCUGAUGAUGAAACCUCAUCGGUUGCUCCUCCAUCAAGUCCACCUCCAUCAUCACCUCCUAUGCUUCCAUUCGACGAUGAACUAGACCGAGAUGAAGAGGAUGAGAUUGAAGGAGAUAUUGACGACAUUGAAGAGUUGGCAGAGGAUGAAGAUGGCAUCGACCUCUUCGCUGAUGGAUUUGAACGAGACUACAACGCCAACCAGGAAGAAUACCGUGGCGCUUAUAUCAAUGAUGACGAAGAGCAAGAAGAACUCGAUAUGGCGACUCGACGACAGCUUGAUGCCCGCCUGAAUAAACGAGAUCGGGAAUUGGCACGCCGCAGACGCAUGCCCGCUGCCUUCCUCCAGGACGAUGACGAGGAUACUAAUAUGGACCUCAGCCGUCAAGUGCGUCGUAGAAGACACCAUUAUGACGAGGACCGAGAUGAUAUGGAUAUGCAGGAAGAUAUUCUGGAUGAGGAGCUCUCUCUGGAAGAGUUGGGCGAUGUCAAGUCUGCAAACUUAACAGAGUGGAUUCUCCAACCACAAGUCAUGCGUACCAUUGGCCGUGAAUUCAAAGCCUUCAUGACCGAAUUCAUUGAUGCUUCCGGCCGAUCCGUAUAUGGUGAGCGCAUCAAGACCUUGGGUGAGGUCAACUCUGCAUCUCUAGAAGUCUCUUACGACCAUCUUGUGGCAGCCAAAGCUGUUCUGGGAUUCUUUGUUGCCAACGAACCGACAGAAGUGCUGAAGAUUUUCGACCAGGCUGCACUCGAAACUACUCUCUACCAUUAUCCUCAUUUCGCUGAUAUUCAAAAUGAGAUCCACGUGCGCAUUACAGAUCUCCCUCUUUGCUACUCACUAAGAGACCUCCGCCAAUCCCAUCUCAACUGUUUGGUCAGGGUAAACGGUGUCGUCACUAGGCGAACUGGAGUGUUCCCUCAGCUGAAAUUCGUCAUGUUCCGCUGCAAUAAGUGUGAAGUUACGCUCGGUCCUUUCCAACAAGAGGCAGCCCAGGAGGUCAAGAUAUCUUUCUGCCAGAAUUGUCAAUCCCGAGGUCCCUUCACCAUGAACUCAGAGAAGACUGUUUAUCGAAAUUAUCAGAAAUUGACUCUACAAGAGUCUCCUGGCUCAGUACCUGCUGGCCGACUCCCCCGUCAACGAGAAGUCAUUCUACUCGCAGAUUUGAUUGAUAUUGCCAAGCCUGGUGAUGAGGUCGAGGUCACUGGUAUCUACAGAAAUAGCUACGACGCCCAACUCAAUAAUAAAAACGGCUUCCCUGUCUUUGCAACGAUCCUCGAGGCUAACCACGUCGUCAAGUCCCAUGAUCAAAUGGCUGGAUUCCAUUUGACUGAGCAAGAUAUUGAGCAAAUCCGGUUGCUUUCCAGGGAGCCCGACAUUGUCGACAAAAUCGUGCGUUCGAUUGCGCCGAGUAUUUAUGGACAUGAAGACGUCAAGACUGCGGUAGCACUCUCCUUAUUUGGGGGUGUGAGAAAAGAAGCUCAAGGCAAAAUGGCCAUUCGUGGAGAUAUCAACGUUCUCCUGCUCGGUGACCCAGGAACUGCAAAGUCACAGGUGUUGAAAUAUGUCGAAAAAUCAGCACAUAGGGCUGUUUUCGCAACGGGUCAAGGUGCUAGUGCAGUCGGUCUGACAGCCAGCGUCCGACGAGACCCUUUGACUAGUGAAUGGACUUUGGAAGGAGGCGCUCUAGUGCUCGCCGACCGAGGUACCUGCUUGAUCGAUGAGUUCGACAAGAUGAAUGACCAGGAUCGAACCUCAAUCCACGAAGCUAUGGAGCAGCAGACUAUUUCAAUUUCUAAAGCUGGUAUCGUCACAACACUCCAAGCUCGCUGUGCAGUCAUUGCCGCGGCCAACCCAGUAGGCGGUCGAUACAACGGAACAAUCCCAUUUUCUCAGAACGUUGCAUUGACAGAGCCAAUUCUCUCUCGUUUCGAUAUACUCUGCGUAGUGCGGGACACUGUGCAGCCAGCUGAGGAUGAGCGACUUGCCAAAUUCGUUGUCGAGUCACACUCCCGCGCCAACCCCGCAAAGCCUCUUAGAGAUGAAAAGGGUAGAACUAUCAACAAGGAAGGGGAGCUUAUUGAUGAAGAAGGCUACCGUGUUGACAAGGCUGGCAAUCGUCUGCCGCUUACUCCAGAGGAGCAACAGUCUCGGGCAGAAGCUCGGAGAAAGGCCGAAGAAGAGAAAGAAGGAGAAAUACCGCAAGAGUUGCUACGAAAAUAUAUUCUCUACGCUCGUGAGAGAUGUCAUCCGAAACUGUAUCAGAUCGACCAGGACAAGGUGGCACGACUUUUUGCAGACAUGAGACGGGAGUCCCUGGUUACGGGUGCUUAUCCCAUUACGGUCCGUCAUUUGGAAGCAAUCAUGCGUAUUGCCGAGGCCUUUUGCAAGAUGCGCCUGUCAGAGUACUGCUCGUCCCAAGACAUUGACCGAGCCAUUGCGGUUACAGUAGAAUCAUUCAUUGGAAGUCAAAAAGUCAGCUGCAAGAAAGCUCUAUCGAGGGCAUUUGCCAAGUAUACGCUGGCACGUCCCAAGCCUCAAUCAAAACGCAAGGCUGGUAUUCCUGUGGCUAAACCCUACAUGCAUCGGGAAAUCCAUGCUCCGAUUGAUGAUGACGAGUGA